UCUCUCGCACUGGUUGGAGACGCCAGUGACUCCCCCCCCCUCCCCACCAGCCGUGUGAAUAUCCACUCUGGAUGGACCCAACCGCCACCUGCCAGUCUAUUGGACUUGGAUUCUGCAGGUUCCUUAGAAUCGACAACAUCCCCCGAUUUAAUGGAGCAUUAACUUUUGAGAAGAAGUAGUUUCACAAUGUAUUUGGAAAACGCCGAGAAAGCUAAACUGUCUGGAGAAAGGGAGUCCUCGUCUGAAGCCAUGCUCACAGAACAACGUGAGGUUGCCAUAUUAACAAAAACUGCAGAUCCUUUGCAGGACAGUAUUGAACUUGGCAUAAAGGUCCUCGUGGAAUACAAAGAGCAAAUUGUCACCAGGGACAUGGACUCUUCUCUUCAAUGCCUGGAACACUGCACGAUGAGUAACUGUGAGGCUGAAUGCGGUUCAUAUGGUAACGGACAUGCCGAUAGCUUCGUGCAAUAUCCAACAAGCAACGGCUUUUUGGAAUCCAACCAAAGCCUUGAUAAUUGCGAGACAUCCAGGUUAAGCCAGUCGUGUAAUGAAUGUGUUCAACACUUUGACUGUUUGAAGUCCUCUGAGCAGAGUGCUAAUCAUAGCAUCAAAUGUUGUCCUUCCUGUGAACACAGUGCAGAACACCUCAGACUAUUUCAACAAUGCGAGCCCUCCGCUCAACAGUUUGAGUCUUUUGACUUUGAGCCAGACACACUGGUGGUUGAAUGUGACAGUUUGGGGCUGCACGAGAUGUCUGAUGAUUUCAUAUCGGGAAACGGCGACAACCUUGAAUCGCUCAAACGAUACGAGUCUGAGGAUGAGCGGAGCGAGUGCUCUGACUCUGAGGAGGACACAUCGACAGAAGACUCACAACCUCAUAACUCAUUGGACUGCGGCGAGUGUGAGGAAAUUCAGAACCAGUCUGAGUGCACAAACAGUGACGAAGAUGACUAUGAUGAUGACGAGAUUGAAGAGGAUGAAGAAGAGAGGUCUUUGUGCGAGCGAAAUGGAACUGAGGCGACACUAUCGGGAGAUUCUGAUGACUGUGAACUUGUCGACUUUGCCAGCGAAUGCUGUGAGAAAUUCCAGGAAGCUCAAGAACUCUCUCAGCAAACUCCUACAUUAGACAUGUCAACAGAUCACUGUGAGAUGUGCGGAUAUGACGACUUUGAGACAAGUGAAGAGUAUGAAUCUAGUCAGCAAUGUGCCGCUUCUGACAGAGCCUCUGACGGCUCGGGGUCCUGCGCUGAAGAAGACCGACUCUCGGAUUGCUCCUCCGUCGAAACCAAAUCUUUCAAGACUUGCCGUAAUGGCAGUAUUCCUUCAGAUCCAUUCGCUGACUUGUUUGGGGAAUCCGAGAAGGAAGAUUCAGGCGACGAGCAGACGCAGUGGGAAUCAUGUGAAGACGAGGACGAAGUAGAACAAAGCCGUGCUGAUCAAAGCAAUGAGGAUACAAAGAAAAUGCCCUCCAAUUAUAAUGGUUACUUUGAUUUAUUUGACAGCGGCGACUAUCAUGGACACGCAUUUGCACCGAAGCAACGCUACAUCUCCUGCUUUGAUGGCGGCGAUAUACACGAGUGCCUGUAUCUCGAAGAGGCAGCAAAACACGAUGCUGCCAAGAAUGCUGAUACAUUUGAGGAUUCAAAUGAGGAAAUGAAUGCACAGGAAACUGCUGUAUCUUCUGAAGAAGCACACGGAGACGCAGCAGAUCCAAGUUCCACAGUUGACUGUGAGUCAGAGACAGAUCCCGACGACUGGAUCGUAGAGACUGAGUCGAGUUUAGCAGCAGAAGAAGAAGAAGAAGAAGAAGAAGAAGAAGAAGAAGAUGAAGAAGAAGAAGAAGAAGAUGAUGAUGAAGAAAAAGAAGGUAAAGCACUUUACACAGAAAAUGAAGAAGAGGAAGAAGCUGAGGAGUGUUUGUCACCUGGUAGUCAGGAGACAAUGUGUGCACCAUGUGCUGAGGACAUCUCCGUCGAAGGUGACGCUUAUGAAGAGGAGUUCUGUGACGUCCCGAGUCAUGAAUCAGUCACUGUUUGCAAAAAGGACAAUGAGCCCGAAGAUAAACCAUUUAUUGAAUGUUCAGAAAAGGAGCCGUAUUGGUCGCUGAUUGACAAUGAAGGCGAUGAAGCGUUGGGUGACCUCGAUGUUGAGGAUUACUAUGCAUAUCAGAUCGAAAGUGUUCAGUCUUCUUUUAAACAAGCCUCAAAUGGACUUAAUUAUCAGAUACUGUGUGGGAAAGCUGAUGGGAUCGCUCCAAGGAAUGAAGGAGCAGAUGAUCCUCCAUCCGAGAGUGAGACUGAGUUACAGGCCCCUGGAGUUUGCCCAGCAGUCACUAAUGGAAUUACUGAAGUUUCUGAAGUGAGCGAGAGUGUAGCAGAAGAAACGGCCAACGAAGCAACUCCAGAAUCAGACAAUGACUCCGGGUCAAACGACAGUUCAACAGACAUGAGAUACCCUCUAGAUAUCAUUCACAGCGUUGUGUCCACACGCGACAAAAUCGAGGACGAAAACGGCUACGAACAGAGCAGCGACUCAGAAGAGGAGCCGAGCGAUGACGAGUCCUCUGAGCUUUGUGACUGCGAGUACUGCAUUCCACCAAUAGAGCAGGUUCCAACGAAACCACUGCUGCCGACGAUGAUAUCCAAUGACACGGGGAAGAUCUGUGUCGUCAUUGAUCUGGAUGAAACACUUGUCCACAGUUCAUUUAAGCCAUUGAACAAUGCUGAUUAUAUCAUUCCAGUGGAAAUUGAUGGAACGGAUUAUCAGGUGCACGUGUUAAAGAGACCCCACGUCGACGAAUUCCUCCAGAGGAUGGGAGAACUGUUUGAGUGUGUUUUGUUCACCGCGAGCUUAGCCAAGUAUGCAGAUCCUGUGUCUGACCUGUUGGACAAAUGCGGCGCCUUCCAGAGCCGUCUCUUCCGGGAGUCAUGUGUCUUUCACAAAGGGAAUUAUGUGAAAGACCUGAGUCGUUUAGGAAGAGACCUCAACAAGGUCAUCAUCAUUGACAACUCCCCAGCCUCCUACAUCUUCCAUCCCGAAAAUGCUGUUCCCGUAGCAUCCUGGUUCAAUGACAUGUCAGACACUGAGCUUCUGGAUCUCAUCCCCUUCUUUGAGAGACUAAGUAAAAGCGAUGACGUCUACGACACUCUCAAGCAGCAGACGACUUCAAGUUAGCAGAACCACGGGCACAAGAGCAUGAACAAUCACCACCACUGGCUGUCGUCACGGACCAUUGCAAGGACCAUACUGCAGAGAAAUGCCAUGUCGUUUAAUCUCCUAUAUGUAAGUUUCAUUGAAAAUUGAGGAUUACACGACAUCUUUUGCAGUGCAGCUAUGCCGUUGUGUUGUUGUUGUUGUUGUUGUUGUCAUGAUGUGACAGCAGUCGCUUACAGUAUGAUCAGCCUCCACGUUAAAACCAUUGAAUAAUUUCAAUGUGGUAGUUAGGAGUUGUAUAAACUGUACACAGUGUGAAUAUUAUUGCUGUUCAGUGUGACGUUCGGAGUCAUUUUAAUGUCUCUACUAUCCUGUAACCUGUCGCCAACAAUAGUAGCCUUUAAUCUCUACAGUUUAAAACUUUGAUAGGGUUUUUUUCUUAUAUGUGAACGUGUAAGAACAUUUUUAAAUGUUGUUUUAUGCCAAAAAAAAAGCAAACAAACACCACAAUCUUUAACAUAAUGUUUGACUUUUUAAAGUCAGACUUCAGGGGAUGGUUUAUGCACAGACAUACAGCUGCAAAAAUAUUUUUCUACAUACAUUAUAAAAGUAUUUUAGUCAAUCAUUUUGAUUUGGUUUCAAUUCUAUUUUAUUGUUAUUGUUUUCGAGUUUAUAGCUGAAAUAGCCACUGCUGUGUGUGGCCCUUUGAUAAUGCAGUACAGACUGUGACCUGCGGAGGCGUCUUAGAGAAGUUUGAUGUCUGAUUUGAAAGCACACUGUCUGUAAAUUUGAAUUUAAGCUCAAGUGUCCUGCUUUAUGGAUCUGUAUAUUGAGCUUCAUAGGGGUAACCUAUGUGGGUGUGUGUGUAUAUUAAUACUGUAACUUAAGUAAAAAAAAAAUGGUAAUGUGCAUUUUUAAAUUGCUGCUUAUCACUGAAACACAUAUUUCUACGUUGCAUCAAUAAAGCAUGUUUUAUUGAAACAG